AAGUGCUUUUCUACUGGUAACAAACUUCUUCGCGCCAAGUCUUUCAUCUCAACAUACGUGAAUGUAAACACUUAAUACAUGCUGCUAAAUUUUCUAAACGUUAUUUAUACUGAAAUAAAAUGUGGUGUGUAGUGAAUUUCUCUAGAUCUUCUUUUAAAUUAUAUAUUCUUUUUAAUUAGAAAAUAUAACAAAUAUAGCAAAUAUAGAUCUAAUGAAUUGGACGGAUUUACCAAAAGAAAUCAACGAAGAUUUUGUUUCAUACAAAGGAGAUUAUGAUUUUCCGCAGUAUCUAUCUGAUGAAAAAGAGUGGGUCAAUUUCAAACAUAAAAACUUUGAAGAUAAUAUAGAAAUUUUUGAACCCUUCUUAAUAAUGGAAUUGUAUAGAUUUAUACCUUAUUUUGAGGGUAAACAUGUCAAAUUUCAUCCUCUCAAUAUGCCUUAUAUUAAAAUAAGAAAAAUAGAAAUAGUCGGAUUUGUGAUAGAUGUUUCUGAAGAUCCUAAAUAUUAUGAAUAUCAUGUUGAUGAUGGAACAGGAAAUAUUAUUAUUUAUUAUGAGAAAGAAGAUUUCAAAAGAGCUGCAUUGCGAAGAAAGAAAAUUGACAUUAAAUAUAAUAAAAGUGCAAAGAAUAUAGAUAUUAAAUCGUUAAAAACUCAAAAGUGCCCAAAACAUUUACCAAAUCCCCGUCCGAAAUUUGUGUAUUCUCCUGGGACAAGUAUAUCUGAUAUAGCUAUUUUUGAACAUAAUUGGUCACUGGAGACAAAUAAUGGGACAUUGGGUAGAAAACUAAAACGUUGUGCUCAUGUACAUGCAGUAGGUUACUGUACAUUUGAUUUUAUGUACACAAAGAAAUCAAGUGAAGAAAUUACAUGUGAAGAUUUAUUUAAUGCCAAACUAUAUUUUCUUGCAAACAGAAUUACUUGCAUAAGUGAACACAAAUAUAAUAAAAUAUUGCUUUUGUGGAUAAAUACAGUUGUUAGAAGACGAUAUGAUGAAAAUUUAAAUGAAAAAGCAUCUUCUUCCAAAACAUAGAAAUAAAAGUAGAUUCUACUAUAUUUUACAGAUAUAAAAUGUGACAAUUCUAUACAAUUGUUAAAUGAUGGAAUAAAACAAUUAUAAUGGUACUAGAUA